UCAGGCCCUGGAAGCCACUCACGGAGGACCACCCCCAGCAAUGUGGGGUCGCGACCUCUUUGGAGCAGGGGGACCUCUCUGUAUCCAGUGGCCCUCAGAUACAGCAGGGAGCGCUCCGCCAGAAUGAGAGCGGCUCACAGUCCGGACGUCUCCUUUACGGUGAUGCUGACAAUCGUCUGGUUCGUCCUGGCCCGCUUUCCUGGUGCCGCAUCCACAGUGGCAGCUGAGUGCCCUGAUCAGUGGCCUGAGCUGCAGCCCUGGAAUCCUGGCCAUGACCCAGACUACUACGUGCACAUAGGCCAGGGCAGAGCACUGCUGCUCAUCUCUUCUGCCACGGUCCAUUCCAUCCACAUCUCAGAGGGAGGAAAACUAGUCAUUAAAGACCAAGAUGAGGCAAUUGUUUUGCGUACCCGGCACAUCCUGAUUGACAACGGAGGAGAGCUGCAUGCUGGGAGUGCCCUCUGCCCUUUCCAGGGCAAUUUCAGCAUCAUUUUGUAUGGAAGGGCUGAUGAAGACGUUCAGCCAGACCCUUACUUUGGCCUCAAGUACAUCGGCGUCGACAGAGGAGGCACCCUUGAGUUGCAUGGACAGAAGAAGCUCUCUUGGACAUUUCUGAACAAGACUCUUCACCCCGGUGGCAUGGAAGAGGGAGGUUAUUUUUUCGAGAGGAGCUGGGGUCACCGUGGAGUCAUUGUUCAUGUCAUUGACCCCAAAUCAGGGACAGUCAUCCAUUCUGACCGGUUUGACACCUAUAGAUCCAAGAAAGAGAGUGAACGUCUGGCCCAGUAUUUAAACACAGUGCCCGAAGGCAGGAUCCUUUCUGUUGCCGUGAAUGAUGAAGGCUCUCGAAACUUGGACGACGUGGCCAGGAAGGCGAUGACCAAAUUGGGCAGCAAACACUUCCUACACCUUGGAUUUAGACACCCUUGGAGUUUCCUAACUGUGAAAGGAAAUCCCUCUUCUUCUGUUGAAGACCACAUUGAGUAUCACGGACACCAUGGCUCUGCUGCUGCCCGGGUAUUCAAACUUUUCCGGACGGAGCAUGGCGAGCUUUUCAAUGUCUCUUCGUCCAGCGAGUGGGUUCAAGAUGUGGAAUGGACGGAGUGGUUUGAACAUGACCAAGUGUCUUACACUAAAGGUGGGGAGAAGAUUUCAGACCUCCGGGCCACUCACCCAGGGAAAAUCUGCAAUCGCCCCAUUGAUAUACAGGCCACUACAGUGGAUGGAGUUAACCUCACCACCGAGGUUGUCUACAAAAGAGGCCAGGAUUAUAGGUUUGUGUGCUAUGACCAGGGCCAAGACUGCCAGAGCUACCGUGUGCGGUUCCUCUGUGGGAAGCCUGUGAGGCCGAAACUCACCGUCACCAUCGACACCAACGUGAACAGCACCAUCCUGAAUCUGGAAGACAAUGUACAAUCAUGGAAGCCCGGAGAUAUCCUGGUCAUUGCCAGUACCGAUUACUCCAUGUACCAGGCAGAAGAGUUCCAGGUGCUCCCCUGCAAAGCCUGUGCCUCCAAGCAGGUCAAAGUAGCAGGUAGGACAUUCCCUCACCCCUCCAUAGGCCUGAUGAAACUGAAAAUUGUUAGGCUUAAAGUUGACUGAAAUCAAAACAAAUUUGUGUCAGUCAGCUAUUGCCAUAAUUCUGCUGCGUGACAAAAAAAAUCCUUAAAAUUUCAUGGCAAGCAUUUAUUUCUUAUUCAUGCAUCUACAGGCUGUCUAGGGUUCAGCUUCUCUAUACUAAACUUGGCUCCAGGCUGAGGGUUGGGUUCAGGUCAGCUCCAUGUGAGUCUCAUUCUUCCCAGGACAUACUCUUCUCACGGGGGAGAAGUGAACCGAAACAUGGGAGGACUCUUAAGGCCUUGCGCUCAGAACUAGCACCCUUUCACACCCACUUUCCAUUGACCAAAACAGAUCACACGGUCCAACUCAACAUGAAUGGA